CGCCAUCUGUUGUUUAUUGGUCCGCCAUGUUUUUCUUCUAGGGUCUUAUCUUCUCAUCAUAAUUUUUAAUAAUGAAGACGUGUCUAGGAAAUCGGUAAUUCUAUUUAUAUUGAUUUUUUUUUAUGGAAUACGUUUUUCAUACCUUCAUUUUCAACAUAUGGGAGCGACUAAUUCAGUUUCCAUCAUUCAAACUCAAAUCGAUUAACUGACUUGUUAUAAUAAUCGGAAGGAUAAUUUUUAUACAUAUUAUAUAAAGGGCAGUUUCUUGGAAAAUUAUUUUACGAGAUCGUCGCAUAGUUAGAUAUGCAGCCACACUGGCCUAUCAUUGCGGCGAUUUCAGGUCAUCCAACUAUCGCCAACGGUUCAGCAAUAUCGAUUGAUCGUCAUAUUUCUGGCCCUAUGGAUUCUAACAGUAUGCUGAUUAGUGCACUUACUCCUGGUGGUUAUGUGCGUCCAACCCUUUCUUCUAAUGUUCUACCUGGCUCCUCUAUCCCAUCAGCACCUGGUGGAUAUAAUCCACAUCAUAAUCUGGCCUAUCCUUUCCCUCAUUCAUUUUCUGUCGGUGCUCAUCAGUCUAUGGAACCGCCUAUUGCUGGGCGUCAAUUCCCUAAUGCAACGAUAAAUCCAUCUUUCCAUUUGCAGCAUUUUCAACAGCCAGCUUCUCAACAGUUACCUUUGCCUCAUGCACCUGUACCCUAUGGUCAGUCAUUAUCGUAUCUAUCACCUUCUUUGGUAACAGCAAUGGGCAAUGGUAAUCUUGGUCACAUACAGCAAACUUAUGCAAAUGUACCAUCACAAGCACCAUUGGCAGUUAAUAUGACAGCCCAUUGUCGCACAUUUGAUUCACUCAAACAUUUUGGUGCUGUUCCCCAAACACAGCAUGGUCGUCGAAAUAAGUCAACUGUUACUUCUAAAACUAACUUAUAUAUCAGUGGACUAAGUGAGUCCGAUACCGAUGAUACAGUCCGCUCACUUGUUGAAAAUAUUGUCCAACCAAAAUCAUGUAAAGCUAUGGUGGUGAAUGGGAAAUGUAGAGGUUCCGGCUUCAUUGAUUGUGCAACUGAAGAAGAUGCUGAAAAGGCUAAAGCUCAUAUAUUAGAAUGUGCUAAAAAUAAUGGACGCAAGCUGUCAGUAAAAUAUGCUUAUGAAAAUGAAAAAGAUCUUCUCAAUGUUUAUGUCCGCAAUCUUCCACGUGAAGGUUUUACAAAAGAAAUGUUAGAGAAUUUAUUUCAAAAGUUUGGACAUGUUACGUCAGUUAAACUACUUGAAACGUCUACUGGCUUCACAGGGAUUGGUUUUGUUCGGUUUGCCACUGCUGAACAAGCUGAAAAAGCAGUUGGACAGAUGAAUGAGGUAAAACAUAUUGUCCGAGGUGGUGAUAAACCGAUAACCUGCAAAUUGGCUGACAAAGCAGAUCACAAGCGUCGUAAUGCUGCUUCUAAUCCACAAGCUUUGGUUGCCGCUGAUGCCGCCGCUGGUUUGCACCCACAAAUCCCUGUCGGUAGUCAUAUAAAUCGCACAACUCAUGGUUUACCAGGUCUUGCUUCCCUACAAGCGUUAGGUCAGGCGCAACAGCCUUCCUUCAAUCCUCAGCUCCCUUUGACUGCACAAUUAGUGCAACCUUUACAGCAGACUCCUGUUGUUGUACCGAAUCUUCAUUCAUCAGGAGUUUCUUCACAAAACCGUAAUGUUUUGCUGUCAUCAGCUCUGCUACAGAAUGGUCCAUCUGGUAACGCAUCAUUUCCAAAUGGAGGUAACUGUCAUCAAAAUGUCUCUACUACAUCAUAUCGUGCUAACUUGGUCGGAAUACCGUCUGCACUUCCGGCGAAUCAGACUGCUACAGUUGUUGCCGGUUACAAUGAUUCACCGUUUAAUCGUUCUAAAUCGUGUAUUAAUGUUCAAUCUGGAAGCCAUUCUGCUAACAAUCCACCCAUCUAUACAGCAAAUGGAAACACCUCUCAAUCUGCACAUGGAACUUUUCAGUCACUGACAACAUACGGGUCACCGACGACUUCCAGUUAUCAAGGAGGUUUAUCUUAUGUCCAUCAUCAACAGUCACAACAAAUUCCUACUGUUCCCACAGUGGCAAACAGUUCUCAAAUGGUUGUUGUAACGCCUACACCACCACCACCACCAGCACCAAUUAGUAGUGGUGGUCUCUAUCAAUCAGUGUCGUCAUCAUCAUCGUCAUCAUUAGCAGGAGCAGCAGUAGCAGCCGCCGCAUCGAAUGGGGGGUCUGUAUCAGCAAAUUAUCCAGCCAGCAGUAGUAGUAGUAGUGGUAGUAGUGGUGUUAGUAGUCAUCAAAAGUUAAUUCUUUCUUCCAAUAUACCCAGUGCUGCAUGUCAGGUACAAAAUUUACAAUGUUCUAUGCCAGAAACUACAAAUUUGAAUACUGCUGUUAGUCUAAUGACUUCUGAAUUUCAAGUAAUGUCGUUUAAUUCAACAGUUGACAACACAUCGCCACCGCCACCGCCAACAUCGUCUACAUGUCAAUCAAAUUUAAUAACAACUGAUAAUGUUGUAUCAUCGUGUAAUACACAGGAUUGGUCUAAUGGUGAAGGACAAAAAUUAUGUUCUAUGAAUUCUAUCAACUCUUCAGAAAGUGAUAUUAUGCCUUGUCAGCAGGCUACAGUGAUUGAAAAUAAUUCACAUGAUGAUGAUGAUGACCUUGUGGUUGCUACGUCUGGUAGUGGUAACGAUUAUACAGCAACUACUGAGAAUACGGUUAACUCCAAUGUUGUAACAGAGGAGCUUACCACUGACGCACAUUGUUCAAACUUUGAACAAGAAACUAUCCCUUCAUCAUCAGAUUUUGGCUGUUGUUUAUCCAGUCUGCCGAGUGAAGUUCCUUUAUCAUCACUUGAUCCAUCUUCAGCAAAUCAUUCCUCUGCCUCAAGUUCUACAAUCUGUCAAACAGGGAAUCGUUUGUCUUCGCCUAAUCUUGAAAUGAACGGCAGUAGUCGUGGUGGCGGCGGUGGUUCAUCAUCAAGCGCUGAAUGUCAGUCAGAGGAUAAAUUACUGCGGAAGAGUAAGUUGGCCGACAAAAAACGCGAUUCAUCAUCGAACUCCACUGCUUGUAGCCGUCGUUGUAGUGAAGUUGGCUUGAAUGAAACCCCCCCGCCUACAUCUACUGCUACUACUACUACUACUAUACCAUUGAACAGGCGGAAGAAAACUCCUCAUUCAGCUUCUAGUGUCGGUAAUAAUAGUAAACAACCACAACAACAACAACAACAUUCAAAAUCUCCACCAAAGAAAGAUACAACUGUAAGUGGUAGUUCUGAAGUUCGUCUACCCACUAGCUGUACUCUUCUCAAUCCAUCAUCUCCUUAG